AAAUACACGAAGAAGAAGACCCGGCCACUGAGCAUGAGGUUGGCGGGCUGUUGUGUUUCUGUUUUUAUUUAAGUUUGGAGGUCAACUGUCGGCACGGGCUCAGUGAAAGGAAGACUGCGUGGCAUAUUUCCAAAAAGAUAAGGGAGUUGAAAAAAGCGUCGCCAUGCCGUCCAGCGCUGGACCCUGCAGCCCCGCCGCUGCGCUCGCUGAAGCGCUGGAGAACUCAUCCCGGCUCAUAGACAAGCACCUGCAGGAGGACCGCUGCUUCCCGGAGCUCUCCGAACUGCUGGGUGUCCCCUCUCACAACAUGCCCUCCCUCUCUGGAGUAUCAGACAUGGACUAUCCGCUACAAGGUCCAGGUUUACUCAGUGUGCCAAACUUACCGGAGCUCACCCCUGUCCGCAGAGUGCCUCUGCCUCCAGAAUUGGUGGAACAGUUCAGUCACAUGCAAUGUAAUUGCAUCAUGGGCGUCUUUCCUGAGAUCAGCCGAGCAUGGCUCACUAUUGACAAUGAUAUUUUCAUGUGGAAUUAUGAAGAUGGAGGAGAUGUGGCUUAUUUUGAUGGCCUUAUUGAAACUAUUCUGGCGGUGGGUUUUGUAAAACCAACACCAGGCAUCCUCCAACCCCAUAUUGAAUACCUUCUUGUCUUGGCCACUUCUGUGGAUGUGGUUGUGCUCGGUUUGAGUCUUCCUAGCAGCCAAAGUGGUUUGAAUGACAGCAUGGCUGGAGGGCUACAGUUGCUGCCAGAGCCUCUCUUCUCAAUCCCGACAGACAACACCUUCAUCCUCUCCAUCACCUCCACUGAACAGGGUCGCAUCUUCAUGGCAGGAAAGGACGGCUGCCUGUAUGAGAUUGCUUACCAAGGAGAGGCUGGAUGGCUUAGUCAACGCUACAGAAAAAUUAAUCACUCCAAAAGCUCCCUGUCCUUCCUCAUCCCGUCUGUGCUCCAGUUCUCUUUCUCUGAAGAUGACCCAAUAGUGCAGAUUGCUGUCGACAACUCUCGCAACAUUCUAUUCACACGCUCAGAGAAGGACGUUCUGCAGGUGUAUGACCUUUGUGCAGACGGUAAAGGAAUGAGUCGCGUGGCCACGAUGUCGCAGAGCAACAUAGUUUCUGCUGCUGGGAACAUCGCAAGGACUAUUGAUCGCUCUGCCUUCAAGCCCAUCGCCCAGAUCUCCGUCAUCGACAGGUCGGAGUCCUCAGACUGCCACCUUUUGGCUGUUACUCAUGCAGGAGUCCGUCUCUACUUCACCACAUCCCCUUUUGCGCCUCCAAACCAAAGAAAUGUGGCCGUUCGUCCUUCCCUUCUGAACUUAAUCCAUGUUCGGCUGCCUCCAGGAUUUUCUGCAUCUUCCACCCUGCAGAAACCUGCAAAGGUUCACAAGGCGAUCCACAGUAAAGGUGUCCUGCUGAUGGCAGCUUCUGAGACUGAGGACAACGAUGUUUUGUGGUGCAUCAACCACGAUUCCUUCCCCUUCAGGAAACCACUGAUGGAGACACAGAUGAUGUCCACUAUCGAUGGACUCACCUGGGCUGUCUGUCCCAUCAAUGAAGUCAGACCCACCAAGAUUUCGACUCCUCUGAACAGGGACUUGAUCCCAGUCACAGAUUCGCCUGUGGUGGUCCAACAGCACAAUAUGCCCCCUCAGAAGUUUGUUCUUCUUUCUGCUAAGGGGAGCCACAUCUUCCAAAAACUGCGACCAGUGGACCAACUGCGCCACCUGCUGGUGAGCUGUGUCGGGGGCGAAAGUGAAGAGAUCGAACGAUUCUUCAAGUUGCACAGGGAGGAGCAGGCAUGCGCAGCAGCUCUGAUCCUGGCGUGUUCUGGUGAGGCUUGCAAUAGGGAGGUGUCUCUCUGGGCCACCAGAGCGUUCUUCAGAUACGGCGGAGAAGCUCAGAUGAGAUUUCCAUCUGCCAUGGCGCCCCCAAGUAAUGUUGGACCUGUGAUGAGUUCCCCUGCACCAGGUGUCGCUCCUCCAGCCUUGGUGACACCAUUCACCCCAAUCCACAUGAGUUCUUCCCCCCUGACGCCCAUGACUGCGGGCCCAGAGGUGAUCUUCUCUGGGAAACACAAUGGCAUCUGUAUCUAUUUUGCUCGCAUUCUUGGCAAUAUUUGGGAUGGAAGCCUGGCUGCAGAAGACUCUCUCGUUCAAGGAAAUCAAACUGUCACUAUUCUGAAAAGCACAGUUGAUUCAGCUCAGCUGGAACUGGUCAUUCAUCAACUCGCUGGCCUGCAGGAGUUUUUAGACAAAAACUCACAGAUCAGUCCCUCUUCGCUGGGAGAUGUGAGUUCCCCAGCAAACCUGCAGCAAAGACUAUUGGGAUUCAUGCGUCCUGACGGGGCCAACUCACAGCAGGUCCAGCAGGAGCUGCAGAGGAAAUAUCACACAAAAGCUCAGGUGUAUGAGAAAGUGUCCCUGCAGAGCAUCCAGCAGCUGGUGCAUCGAUCCUACCAGACUCUUGCUCUCUGGAAACUUCUGUGCGACCACCAGUUCAGCCUCAUCAUGUCCAAGAUGCCAAAGGAGUUCCAGGAGCAGAUGAAGGGAGCAAGUUUCAAGGAUAUAGUGAUCCGGGGCAAGGAGCUCUCUGGAGCCCUCAUCACUGCUCUUAUUAACGUAUACAUCAUCGAUAAUGCCUCGGUGGAUGCCAUCAGCAAUCACCUGAGAGACAUCUGCCCGCUGCUGUACAGCACAGAUGACAGUGUCUGCUCAAAGGCUAAUGAGCUGCUGCAGAGUGCCAAGCAGAUCCAGAACAAAGCAGACAAGGAGAGAACUCUGAGGGAGUCACUGAGGCUGUAUCAGCAGAUCAGCCAGCACACAGACCUUCCUCUCGUCUGCUCACAGUACAGACAAGUGCGUUUCUAUGAGGGGAUCCUGGAGUUGUGCCUCACAGCAGCAGAAAAGAAAGACCCACAGAGACUAGGACCUCAUUUCUACAAGAAUGGGGAGCCUGAGGAGGACCGUGUGGGUCAACAGGCUUUCCAGGAGAGACUGUCAUGUUACAAGUGCAUCACCGACACCCUGCAGGAGCUAGUCAAUCAGAGCAAAGCUGCCCCCCAGUCUCCAAGUGUCCCCAAGCAGCCUGGUCCACCGGUCAUGACCUCAGAUCCCAACAUGCUCAGCAACGAAGAAGCCACAGCCCAUUGUGAGCAGAUGCUGGGACUGGCCCAAAGGUCCAAGGAUGAGCUAUUUCAUAUCGCUCUUUACAAUUGGCUAAUCCAAGCUGAUCUGACAGACAAGCUACUUGAGGUGAACUCUCCGUACCUGGAGGAACAUCUGAUGCACAUGAUCAAACGUGACCAGAGUAAAGUUCACAACAUGGACCUGCUCUGGCGCUACUAUGAGAAGAAUCGCAAUUUUGGCAAGGCAGCUCACGUGCUGGCUCGUCUGGUGGACAUGCACAGCACUGAGAUCACGUUGAAGCAGCGGCUGGAGUAUAUCGCUCGUGCCAUCCUCUCUGCGAAAAGUUCCUCCAGUAUCUCAGCACAAGCAUCAGACGGAGAAUUUCUCCACGAGCUGGAGGAGCGGAUGGAGCUGGUCCGCAUCCAACUGCAGAUCCAGGAGACCCUGAUCAGACAGUACUCUAAUCACCCCUCUGUGAAGUCUGUCGUCUCGCAGUUGGAUUCAGAGCUGAUGGACAUCACCAAGCUCUAUGGAGAGUUUGCUGACCAUUUCAAAUUGUCCGAGUGCAAACUGGCCAUCAUCCACUGUGCCGGGCACUCGGAUCAGAUCCUGGUUCAGUCCCUGUGGCAGGAAAUCAUGGAGAAAGAAAUGGGAGACACCGUGAACAUGAGUCCUGCCGACCGGAUGAGAUCCCUCAGUUUGAAAUUGGUGUCACUGGGGAAGAUUUACGCUGCAACACCGAGAUAUUUCCCUCUGGAGUUCCUUGUGAAGUUCCUGGAGCAGGAAGUGUGUCAUUUCAACUGGGACGUCGGCUUCGUCACCGCCACCAUGCAAGAGAUCGGUGUGCAGCUGCCACGUCUCUUGGAAGUCUACGACCAGCUCUUCAAAACCCGGGAUCCAUGUUGGCAGCGGCUGAAGAAACCUCUGCACCUGGUCGAAUGUAUUCAUGUGCUCCUGUCUGGAUACGUGGAAGAUCCUAGCAGAGUCCCCACCUAUGACAGGCGCCGUUUCACCAACGUGUGCCUGGACAACAUCUGUGGCUACCUGGUGGAGCUGCAGUCUCUGAACCCCACAGCUGCCCUGCAGCAAAUCAUUGGAAACUUCAAGUCGCUGCAGGCCAGGCUGGAACGACUUCACUAACUUUGUCUGUCACAGAACAUUGACCUCCACAGUGGAUACUAUUGCCUUAAACCACCUGCUGAUUAAACAAGCGGAUGGAGACAUGCCACUCAAGUGUUAGAAGAAGGGGACGUUACCAACAGAAGUUUUAUUUAAAGCUUGAGUUGUCAGAAAACAGGGCGAUGAAGUUGUGUGUCACCGUGGAUUAAUAAUUCUGAUUGAAACUAAUCUGUGAUGUGUGUGCGUACCUGGGCUCACUGCCAUCUGUGUUCACAUAUAAGCAUUUAGUUUGGUGUCUUUUUAGUACUUGUCGACAGCCUUGGGUGUGUGAGUGAUGAUGUCAGAGUUUUAACUGUUCACUGUGCGUCACUGAACCAUUGGGAUGUGUUGAUAAACUUUUUCUAUGUCUAUAAACAAGUAUCAUGCCUUUUGUUUUUGUUGUUAUACGCUUCAUUUUUAUUGUUUAAGGUGGUCAAUUUUGGCUUCAGUCUCCUCUGGUCUCCAUUCCAAAAGCUAUUGUCAUGGUCCUGACUUCUGAUUUAGAUUAGGGAUGGGCGAUAUGGACAAAAAAGUUAUCGCAAUAAAUGUAAUUUCUGUGAUGAAGAUAAUUAUCAUGCUAAAUACAUUUUCAUU